GGAGAAGCGGCUUUUCUUUCCACGCAAGAGGGGUGAAGAAAUGACCCCCCAAAAAAGUAUUUUCCCGUAACAUUGUUGGAAGCGAUGAACAGCUCGGUAACCUUGUGUACGAUUGACCAAUCUCAUGUACGAGUGUGCUCCCACCCGCACCCCUCAAGUGCGCUUAUGCCUAGGCACGCGCGAGGCGGGGUUCAGUCCGGUCGACCACGACACAAGGCGUCACUGCGACCAUCAGCGCAUCGCCACUAACGCUAUGUAGUGAAGGCAACGCGGAAGAGAAACCACGCGGACGACGGCUUCUUCCCGCCGGUGCGGGGGGAAUACGUGCCUGUUUGAAGACUCACCGCGCUGGGCAACCUCGGGAGCGCCCCUCGACAGGAAAAUGCCGCGAAAAUGUAGAGAACGCCGAUGUGCCCACAUGUAUGUAAAUACCCCCGUGGUGUAACUCGAACAAACCGCUUUCUCUUCGCCGAUUGUGAAGUGAAACAACGCGAGGGGCGAACAGAAAUGAAGCCCCCCUGGGGAGUUUGCCUCCUUUUCCUGCUCGCGUGUUUUUCAAAAUGUUCUAAUGGGUACAGAAGGAGGAGGGGGGGGGCCCUGUAUAACUUCCUCCUGGGAGGGAGAAGUAACGAGCCAAAGGGAAGGCUCCCGCGAAGUAGACGAAGAAUGCCCCAUGAGGUGCGAAAAAAAAGUGUGCAAAAAUUAAAAGACGUGAAAGAUAUGCAUGUGGGACAGCUAAAAGUUGGCAGGGUGACAAACGUGGUCGAAAACGAUAUAUUCGUGAAAUUAAAAAAUGAGGAGAAUGAGCAAAUUAUAAUAAAGAGGGAGAACAACUACCUCCUGGAGAAUGAACUGCUGUACGAGUAUUUACACAGGAACAAUUUUAUUGAUCAUGCAAUGUAUGCGAAACUGAUGCGGAAGGGGAACCCCAAGUGGGAGGACCAAUCCCCGUGUGUGCAAAGGGACCAAGUUAAAGACUGCAUUGUCCUCGUAAAAGAAAUUGACGAAAAAAAUAGAAUAAUAGGAGAAUUAUUUACAAACGAAAUAAACAAAAGGAAAGAGAAAAUUUACGACAAAUUGAGCGAACUGAAAAAUGCAGAAAAAAAAAUUUUCAUCCAAAUUUUGAAAAAUGUAAGGAAUAAAUACUUCGUAGUUUUAAUAAACGGAUGCAUAAAGGGGUACCUGCUCUACGACGAAAAGGAGGAGAAGGACAAACACAAUGUGCAGCUCCUACAAGCGUGCAAAAGUGCAACUCACAAAUUAAGCGCAUACAUAAUUGACGUGAAUAAAAAACUCGAGUAUGUCUUCCUAACUUUGCACAAAAUUCCCAGCAACGAAAUAAAUGAAAAAUUGCGAAUUUUGCAACACACAAUUGUCGUGGAAAAUUUAUUCGAAAAUUUUUAUUUCAAAGCGGAGGUCUCCGAUUUUUGCAACGAUGGAAGUAACAUCAUUGUAAAUAUUUUUGAAAGUAAGAGCAACCCCAUUAAGGUGAAAAUAAAAUCUCAUAAUAUUAUUAACACGAGAAAUAUUUUGCGCAAUUUUGAUUACCUCAAAAAUAAAGUCAUAACACAUGAGUUUGCCUUGCACAAUUCGACCUCCGCGGAGGAGAUGAAUGAAGACCGGGUGAGCAGCCACAAAAUGACACACCGAAGGGGGGAAGAAGGUGGGGAUGGCGUCCACACAGGUGAGGGCGGCUCGUUCGAAGCGCGCUCCUCAAGGGAUGUCCCCUCACAAGAGAAAAAAGCAAAGGGGUCGUUACGUACAAAGGACUACACAGAUAAGUAUAAAAAAUUUAAGGAAAACUUUUACGGGUGCGAUGAAGAAGAUGCCCUCAAAUACAUAAACGUGGACGACUACAUCUUCAAGAAGGAAAAACUGCUGUACGUUCGAAUCGUUAACAAAACGUCGGACCCCAAUUUGUACGAAGGCAGCAUGGUUAACGCGGACCAGAUUAACUACCAGAUAUAUGAGCUCAUAAAGAGGAUGGCUACGGACCAAAACGUCAUUCGGAGUUACAACCCCAUGCUGAGGUACCCCUCCAAGGUGCUCGCCUUCUUUAACAAUUAUGUGAUUCUCUCCACCAGGGUUUUGAGCCCCGAGGCGGCGGCAGGACAGGAGGGCUCCCCAGGUGUAGCGGCAGGACAGGGGGGCUCCCCAGGUGUAGCGGCAGGACAGGAAAGCAUCCCUACCUGUGGCACCACCGGGUGCAACAAAAUCGACGAGGAACACGUGCGAGACGUCAUCACGCUGAUCGAGAAGCGCUACAUCGAUUAUGAAAACCUCAAAGAAGGAGACGUCUUCUUCUGCAGAUUUGAUAACAUCAAGAGGAGGAACGCGCGCAACAUUUUUAACCUCUCCAAUAGCACCAUCAACAGAAUUUUUAAUUCGUACUUCAAGCGGGAGAAGGACAUCCUGGGGAUGGUCAGCCGGCGGGACGGUGGCUCCCCGCGCUGGGACAGGAGCCCCUCCAGAGCGGAAGGGGGGGAGCUGCAGAAGUCCCCUGAGCCGCUAAAAUCCCCGGAGCCGCUAAAAUCCCCGGAGCCGCUAAAAUCCCCGGAGCCGCUAAAAUCCCCUGAGCCGCUAAAAUCCCCGGAGCAGCAAAUCUUCGAGGAGAUUUUUUUCUCCAAGAGGGACUUCUACUUCAUGCGGGGAGAGCUGCACAAGGACACGGAGUACCGCCUCAACAAAAACAACAUCGAUAAAAAUUUCAAACUGCUCAAGCACAUAUGUGAUACUUACUACUCGGGGAUUAACAAGGCAUAUCAUCACUACCCAAGUAUACGAGAGGAAUACAUUUUGGCCUACCUGGGGAAGGAAAAUUACAAGUUGUAUAGAAAAAUUGUGGCAGAUUAUUUCUCAUCGAAUGAGAAUUCUUAUAAAGAAUUUCUGCAAACAGAUUGUGAGUCCAUCCUUAUGACUGUCUUCGAUGUGGCAUUUGAAAACCCAAACGCAUUAACAGUUCAGGUGGUACAGAACUACAACAAAGAGAUUUUUCAAAAACUCCCCAUGCUAAGUCUAAACGAGCUGAAUUACCUACUGAAGGAUUUGGAUAAAUUGAAAAAAAAAUUGCAAAUAUACCCGUGUAGCUACAAAACCCGAAUUGGACGAAUGAACCUCACGCUGAAUAAUGUGAAGCCCAUAAAAAAGGAACACAUCGAAAAUAUGCACAUUCGGGAAGACGUAAAGAAUGAGCUGCUAAGCGCGUAUAAAAAUUUCGUCUUCCCCGUUGAGCACAUAAAAGAGACAAUCAUAAAGAAGAAACAGGCCAGGUGUAGGGAAAAUAGCAAAAUGCAGUCCAUUUACAUUUUGGCCGAGGAAACCAUAAACCUUUAUGAGAAUUCUGCCAAGGAUGUUGAGCCGCUCAGCGAAGAGCAAAUUGGCAUCCUCAGGGGACACCUCUUGAAGAAACGCAGGCCCCUCGCGGGAGGCUUGGCCGAGGAGCAGGACUCCUUCCGCGGGGACCUCUUCGAGCCGGAAAACAGCCAAAUUAGGCGCCUACUGCAUAUGAUAAAGGAGUACGCGAGGAAAGGGAGAGCGGAGAGAGAAACUCGCAUGUGGAGAGGUUUCUCCCGGAUGCGCUCUACUGUGGAGUGACAUUUCCCCAUCCCUGUGUAGACCUCCCCCACACGCUGCGCUCACGAUGCGAAUGACCCUCAUGAUACGAAUGACCCGCAUGAUGCUUAUGACCCUCAUGAUGCUCGUUUUGCCCUUCCCCCACGCAGAGACCUGGAGAAGCAGAAAAAGAAAAACAAGCUGGACGAAGUGGACCGCGAGUACGAAGAAGAGCAGAGCAGUUACACCGACGCCACGGACCUCUACAAGACGUACCCAGAGCUCCAGGAAAUGGACAAGCUCACCGAGGAUGCCUUUCAUAUGAAAAUACCCUUUGUGGAAUGAGCACAUGUGCUUUUGCUCCCGAGCGGUAUAGCGGUAUGGCAGUAGAGUAGUAUACCAGUAU